AUGGAGCACAGCCCACGAGAUACCAGUGGCAGCGACAGCGACGAUAUAAGCACCAUUGUGACAAGCACCCGCAACCGCCUAUCGGAACAAGAAUCCAUCCCCGCACAGCCCAUCGAUCGACGCGAAAGCAAUCUCAAUGAAGUCGAACUAGAGCGCAUCAACACGUACAGACUUCAACAUCGCUCCACCGUCGGAUCAGGAAUUGGCAUCACACCUCGCGAAGAAUGGCUUCCCCUCGGUGCUGGGAAACCAUAUCCGCCUGCUCUGCCAGACCCAGAACAAUACAUUGUCGAGUUCAACGAUGCCAAUGACCCACUGCAUCCCCAGAAUUGGUCACCGAAGCGGAAAGUCGGUAUAUCUGUGACGCUGGCAUAUACCACAUUUGUCUCCUCUUUCGCGAGUGCGAUCUACUCUGCCGCGGUUGGAGAGAUUGCUCCGCAUUUCCACAUCAGUACGGAAGUCGCCAUCUUGGGUGUGACUUUGUAUGUUUUGGGCUUCGCUUCUGGACCGACUAUCUGGGCACCGGCAAGUGAACUGAUUGGCAGACGAUGGCCAAUUUGCAUUGGGAUGUUUGGAUAUUCUAUCUUUACCAUUGCAACGGCGACAAGUAAAGAUGUCCAGACUUUGAUGCUCACUCGCUUCUUUGCUGGGUUCUUCUCUGCUAGCCCGAUUGCUAUCGUGCCUGCCGUUUUUGCUGAUAUCUACAACAACCAAACGCGAGGAGUGGCUAUUGCCAUGUUUGCCAUGGCUGUGUUUGUUGGUCCUUUUGCAUCUCCGUUCACUGGUGGCUUUAUCGCCAUGUCAUAUCUGGGAUGGAGAUGGACUAUGUACAUUGCAUCUAUCAUGGGGUGGUUGGCGACAGGACUCUGUCUCUUGUUCUUGAAAGAAACAUAUGCCCCUGCUGUUCUGGUCGAGAAGGCGGCAACUUUGAGGCGACAGACCCACAAUUGGGGCAUCAGAGCCAGACAAGAGGAGAUUGAGCUCGACUGGGGUGAACUGAUCACCAACAACUUCAGCCGUCCCUUCCGCAUGUUAUUCACAGAACCAAUCGUUUUCCUAAUAUCCUUAUGGAUGAGUUUCGUAUAUGGCCUGAUGUACGCACUUCUCAGCGCCUACCCCGUCGUGUUCCAGGGCAUCCAUGGAAUGAACCUAGGAGUAGGAAGUCUCCCGUUCAUCGGCCUGAUCAUUGGGGAGUUCCUGGCCGGCGCAUAUAUCCUCUGGGAUCAAAGAUCAUACAGCAAGAAACUUGCUGCGAACAACAACAUUCCCAUUCCAGAAUGGAGACUGCCCCCUGCCAUCCUGGGCGGAAUCUGCUUCUGCGUCGGACUCUUCUGGUAUGGUUGGACGGGAUGGACCAAAUCAAUCCACUGGAUGGCCCCAACUGCCAGUGGAAUAAUGACUGGAUUCGGUAUCUACGUGAUCUUCCUCCAGUGUUUCAAUUAUCUGAUUGACUCAUACUUGACAUUUGCCGCAUCUGUUUUUGCCGCGAACACCAUUAUCCGAUCUGCUGUUGGAGCUGCAUUCCCACUGUUCUCGAAACAGAUGUUUGUUAAUUUGGGUGUCCAGUGGGCUGGUACGCUGCUUGGAUGUCUUGCGCUCAUCAUGGUACCUAUUCCGCUCGCGUUUAUCAAAUGGGGUCCUGCAUUGCGGAAGAGGUCCAAGUUCGCCCCUAUGUUGGAUCUCAAAGCGAGUGAAACGCCAGAGAAGGGCUCGGAGGCGGUUUGA